CAAAUACGCUCAUUUAAACCUCAGAGCAAGGUCACGCAGUCGUGUUUGACACCGCAUGUCAAAAACGUGGGUCACUCGCUAACAUGGGUUCACAAUGAGAGCAUUACAAAGACGUUGUGUCGUGACGCCAUUAUACCUGCAACUAUGACUUGUCUGGUAGAUCUAUUGAAGACUUGUUAUCACGUGCUGUAAACACGGUUAGCUUUUGCGAGCUACAGCUAAAGUUGGUAAACAUGAGCACCGGCCCGGAUCACGGUGCCGUCGGCGUUAGUGAUGGUAAACCGAGGUCUGCUGUGUCACUCGCCGGGCAUGUCCAGGUUUUCAGACAUGUCAAGGUAGAAAAUCUGGUGGCGGGACUAAGCGGAGGAGUUGUGUCAACGCUGGUGCUUCAUCCUCUCGACCUGGUCAAAAUCAGGUUUGCAGUGAGUGAUGGUCUGGAAUUGAGACCCAAAUAUAAUGGCAUACUACAUUGUAUGAAGAGUGUGUGGCACCAGGAGGGAGUGAAGGGACUCUAUCAAGGAGUAACCCCCAACGUGUGGGGUGCUGGAGCCUCUUGGGGUCUUUACUUUUUCUUCUACAAUGCAAUCAAAGCAUAUGUAAAGGAAGGCCGCCGGACAGAACUGAGCGCUACGGAACAUCUGGUGUCUGCAGCCGAAGCAGGAAUUCUAACGCUCACCAUCACAAACCCCAUCUGGGUGACCAAGACAAGGCUUGUACUGCAGUACAGCUCUGACCCAACCCAUAAACAAUACAAGGGGAUGCUGGACGCCUUGUUCAAGAUCUACCGCAUGGAGGGGGUGUCAGGCCUCUACAAGGGUUAUGUUCCUGGUCUCUUUGGAACAUCUCAUGGUGCACUGCAGUUCAUGGCCUACGAGGAGCUGAAGAGAGACUACAGUAAAUACAAGAAAGUUCCUUCAGAUGCAAAGCUGAAUGCAUUGGAAUACAUCACAAUGGCUGCACUAUCCAAAAUAUUCGCUGUGGCUACUACAUACCCAUAUCAAGUGGUGCGAGCGCGACUGCAAGACCAGCACAAUAGAUACAACGGUGUUGUCGAUGUCAUCAGACGGACUUGGAGGAAUGAAGGUGCCACUGGGUUCUACAAAGGCAUCAUCCCCAACCUGAUUCGUGUCACUCCAGCAUGCUGCAUUACUUUUGUAGUUUAUGAAAAUGUCUCCCGCUUCCUACUUGGCUCAAGUUAACAAGGUCUAACAGAAAAAAAGGAAAAGGACACGCUUACACUGAUGUGCCAAGCACAGCAAGAGUGACUGAAAGGUCAGAGUGUCAGAAUCGGACCCUCAGUGCAUGUACUGAGUGUUACACUGAAAAGCAUUGCAACAAGUCUCCUUGUUGAACCUGAGUGGUUGAUUGAUUCCUGGCCAGUGCUGCAUGUUUGUACUACACCCUUAAAGAUGCAAAACUGAUGUAAAAGCUUUGUUUUUACACAGAUGAAUAAAUGUAUCCAAAGGACUUUCAUAAAUUAGAAAUGUCAUAGCUAAGUUUGCUUUUUGUACUUUCUGUCUGAAGGAGAAAAGUGCUGAACCUUUUUUUACAUUACGUUUUUAAAAAUACACAUCUGCUUGAUAUAACAUUUAUAUAUUUAUGCAUAGAAUGUCACAUGUUGGCCACAAGGAUUAUUUUUUUUUCUUAUAAACUUGGAACUGCACACUA